CCGUCACGUUCCAAAAUGCCCAGCACAAAAAUCACAGACGAGCUCUCGAAAGAGAAGAAGCACAAAUGCUCUGAUUCAACAACGUGUAUAUUUGGUUGGAAGUGAAAUGGCGAGCUCAGUGGAGAAGGAGGGUGGGAAGGAGGAGGUUGUGUCCUUGGAACUUCCAGCUCCUUCUGGUUGGGUGAAGAAGUUUCUGCCCAAGCAAAGUGGAACUCCUAAGAAAAAUGAGAUUGUGUUUACAGCCCCAACGGGAGAAGAGAUCACCAGCAAAAGACAGUUGGAACAGUACCUGAAAGCACACCCCGGUGGUCCUGUGGCAUCAGAAUUUGAUUGGGGCACUGGUGAGACACCAAGGCGGUCAGCAAGGAUUAGUGAGAAGGCCAAAGCAACUCUGCCGCCAAUAGAAAGUGAGCCCCCAAAGAAGCGAAGCAGAAAAUCAACUUCGGCAAAGAAGGAGGACAAAGAAAAGGAAGCUGCUCCUGAAGGAGCUGAGGAGACAAAAAUUAGUGAUGUGCAAGAUGCUGAAAAAGCUGAGAAGGAUGCAGAUACUGAGAUGGAAAAGGUUGACGUGAAGGAAAACCAAGAUGAGGAAAAAGCACCAGCUCCUCCUGAACAAGCCAAAGUUCAACAAGAAGUUAAUGUACCUGGCGAUGCUGCAGCUCCGGGAGAUUCAAAAGCAUCUGUUGAUGGGAAGGAGGUUGAAGGGAAAAAAGAAGAAAUGGUCGAGCAACCACCUGUUGAGGCAGGGAAAAAGGAAGUGGCAGGGGAUCAGGGCAAACCCGGCAUUGCUAUUGCUGAUGAUGACAAACAUGAAGGAGAAGGAGAGGAAAAAAAGAAACAUGGCAAAGAGACCGAAGUAGAAAAUAUGGAGAAAGCAACAGCGAAAGGGAAUGGUGAGGAACAUAUUAGUUCAGGUGUUCAUGAAGCGGGAAGAAGGUUGAAGAAGUGACUGAGAAUGGCUGCCCCGGCAAUGAGGCUACAAAGGUCGAACCUUGAUGAUUCAUCCAAACCCCGUGUCUCUUCCGUCAUUCUGACCCUUGCACAUUUCUGGGAAAACUCAUUAGUUUCAGUGUUGUUAAUUUUAGAUCUUUGAUUGUUCAUUGAAGCCUCCGUCCAUAGGAUCGGUAGUUUAGACGUAUAAAAUGUACCCUCCUUUUGUUGUGUACUAGAGAGAAUGUAGGUGGCAGUGACCUCUGUAACAUUCUGUUGUAAAAUACUGGUGAUGUAAUUUUAAUAUUGUGCAGCUCUGUACUAUUGUAGUGAGAACUUUGUCUUUCGCUC